AGACGCAAGAUCAAGAUCGAAUUUAUUCAAGAUAAAUCUCGACGUCAUAUAACGUUCUCCAAAAGGAAAGCAGGCAUUAUGAAAAAGGCCUAUGAGCUGUCCACUCUCACAGGCACCCAGGUUUUGCUCCUCGUCGUAUCAGAGACGGGCCUCGUAUACACCUUUACUACUGCAAAGCUUCAGCCUCUCGUCACACAGCCAGAGGGCAAAAAUCUCAUCCAAGCAUGCCUCAACGCCCCC